AUGGGCAAGAAGCGAGGCGGGCAGAGCGUGGCGUGCGCGCCAUGGAGGCGGGAGGUGGAGAGGCUGGGCGUCCUUCCCUUCGGAGCAGGGGCAGCCCCGUGGUGGUUGGGAGAAGCAGCGAGUGACUGCUGUGUUUUGCAGAUCGACGGGCUGGAGGAGAAGCUGGCGCUGUGCAGGCAGAGCAUGGAGGAGGUGGAUCUGAGACUGCGCCGGGAGCAGCUCAGCCCCGAGGGCAGAAAAUCACUGGAGAGAGAGAAAAAUUUACUAAUGACCAAAGCUGACAACUAUGAAAAGGAACUGAGGGUGCUUCGCAAGGAAAAUCGCAAGAACGCUGCCUUCGCYGUGGCCAUGGGGCUGCUGAUUGCUCUUAUUUAUGCCUGCUGGACAAUGUGACUGCACUCCUGGAUUCUCCCUGCUGACUGCCCAGCUCUCCUGCAAGGAGCUCUCCUCUCACCAGCAGUGCCUCCCUCCCAUUUCACAGUGCUGAUCUCAUUUAGCCUCCCUAAGCCUCAUUGUGGGGAUGCUYUCUCUCCAAGAGCUGGGGGGCUGGGAAGCAAACGAGAAAUCAAAACACACUUGUGAAAAGAAAGGAGGUCAAGCAGGGUUCCAGGUAGGGCCCUUUUACCCAAUAUGCAGUCAAGGCCCUCUUGGCUGGUACAGAAACGACCUCUCCMGGCUGCAGACAAGUGCUUUCGGGGCCACUUCCUUGGUUGCUGCAUCUCAGCAACAGGCUGAAGAGACCAAGCGCUCUGAAAGGGAAGCCUGGGAAUUGUGCACUCAAAGACACAAACAGCCCCUGAGCUGAUGCUAAGUAAAAUCCUUCCUCGGAAGGACAGACAGACAGGACCAGAGGAAUCCUUCCUCCACAAAAUCAGGUGGGAUGUGAGCAUCUCUCUCGCUGCAAGCAAGAAGCAGCCAACUUGAGAUCUGGUGCUUGGACUAUGAAAGAUCUGCCUACCUCUCUUGUACCUGAGUUUGUUAACCGUUCUGUGCCUCUGAGGAUCAGCAUUUGUCUAGAGGAGUUUGC